AUGGACAAAAUUCAGAACAUCUUUGCUGGCCUGACGGGGCAAGAGAAGACUGGGUUUAUGGACUCAUCCCAGCCGUCUCUCUAUGUUGCAGCGGGCGCCAUUGCGUUCAAUCCAAUUUUCUGGAACAUCGUCGCCCGACAAGAGCACAAAACUCACUUCUUGACCAAGACCUUUGGCUCACCUCAUUAUGGCUGCUACGCUCUAGCAGUGACUAUCUUCGCCAUCGGCGUCAUUCGAGACUCCCUCUACAAGACCGCGCUGGAGCAGCAGCCAAUCUAUCCACCAUUACAUCAGCCGGAAGUCGGGGUGGUCCUCUUUCUUACCGGCAAUGUGCUCGUGCUGUCCAGUAUGUGGGCACUGGGCGUCACCGGGACGUACCUGGGUGAUUACUUUGGCAUCUUAAUGGAUCACAAAGUUGAAGGAUUUCCGUUCAAUGUCACCGACGCACCAAUGUACUGGGGAAGCACACUCUCAUUCUUGGGCACCGCUUUGUAUUAUGGUCGCACGGCCGGCGUGCUACUGACUUUGGAGGUGUUUGUGAUGUAUCUCGGUGCACUGCGAUUCGAAGAUCCCUUCACGGCGGCAAUCUAUGCGAAGAAGGAAGCGAGGCCUGUAACCCGGUCAAUGACCAAGCAGAAAGAACGAAAGAAGGCAUGA